AUGGUCGAGGACUUGUUUGUUUCCUGCAAAGAUUUGUCAGCGAAAGAAGGUGCACUAAAGGAAGACAAAGAAUAUUUGGCAGAAAAACUAGGAGAGACCCUAAAUACAGUGGAGGAAUUGGAAAAGCUCCUAAAGAAAGAGAGAGAAGAAAAGCUUGAGCUGACAAAUGAUUAUGAAGAAAUGGUAGAGGACUUGUUUGUUUCCUGCAAAGAUUUGUUGGCGAAAGAAGUUGCACUAAAGGAAGACAAAGAAUAUUUGGCAGAAAAACUAGGAGAGACCCUAAAUACAGUGGAGGAAUUGGAAAAGCUCCUAAAGAAAGAGAGAGAAGAAAAGCUUGAGCUGACAAAUGAUUAUGAAGAAAUGGUAGAGGACUUGUUUGUUUCCUGCAAAGAUUUGUCAGCGAAAGAAGUUGCACUAAAGGAAGACAAAGAAUAUCUGGCAGAAAAACUAGGAGAGAGCCUGAAUACAGUGGAGGAAUUGGAAAAGCUCCUAAAGAAAGAGAGAGAAGAAAAGCUUGAGCUGAAAAAUGAUUAUGAAGAAAUGGUCGAGGACUUGUAUGCUUCCUGCAAAGAUUUGUCGGCGAAAGAAGUUGCACUAAAGGAAGAAAAGGAGCUAUUGGAAAAAGAACUCAAGGACUUGCUGGUGAAAGAAGGAAAACUGGAAAAGAGUAAAGAGUCCUUGGAAGAUAAAUUAUAA